CAUUAAUUAUACUUAUUUUCAUUUAAUUAUUGAAUAAACUUGCACUCAUCCCAUCAAUUUAAAGCUAAAAUUCAUAAAUUCCUACGUAAAUAUUCCAUUGCAAUUUGCAUUAGAUACCUAAACGCUUCGCUUUGCUUGCCAGUGCCGGACCGCGUGACUCGGCUCGAGUCCCGUUAUCUGCCGCCAGCUGUUACUACGCACGCGCCCUGCGCCAGCGCCGAGUGAAUAUAAGCCGGAUUAAUUUACGUAUUUCUUUUAUAUUAUUUUUCUUAAUUUGAAUUUAAUUCUUCCUCCAUUUCUUGUCGAUUUAUAAUUAAUAUAUUUUUGUUCGAAAUAUGACUUCUUACGUAAAUACUAGAUCCUCCAUUAAGGGACGUUUAACUAAAUUUAAGAAUUAUAUCAAUAAUCUUUUUAAUAGCGAUCAUAUUUCUUCGCAAGAAAUGGAUGAACUUGCAUUGAGGUUGGAUCGUUUUCGUGCAUUGUUCACGCAGUUCGACGAUGUGCAAACGCGCAUCGAAAUCGAGAAUCCAACCUCGAUGGAAGCCGAAAUUGAUGCAAGGGAUGAAAUUGAACAAGAUUUUAUUUCUCUAAUAGCCAGCGCCCAAAAGUUACUUGACAAGAAUAACUGUGAACUAGCAAGUGUAAAGUCCGAAAAUCAAGCUCAUUGCGGUCAUCAAGGUAACGAAAUCAAUUUUAGAUUACCUUUGAUAAAUAUAGGGAAUUUUGAUGGCUCUUAUUUUAAAUGGCUUGAGUUUCGCGAUACCUUUGAAUCGCUUAUUCACAAUAACGAGCGCAUCAAGUCCAUUCAUAAAUUUCAUUAUUUGAACUCGUACUUAGAAGGUGAAGCAGCUCGAGUUAUAAGCAAUUUAGAGGUUACCGAUUGCAAUUAUAUCGUAGCUUGGCGUCUCCUUUGCGAGAGAUAUAACAACAAAAGACAAUUAAUUUUUUACCAUUUAAAUUCUUUGUUUAAUGUACAACCUAUAGGCCGAGAGUCGGCGAAAUCUUUGCGUUACCUAGUUGAUCAUGUGUCUAAAAAUCUGCGCGCCUUAAAUACAUUGGGGCAGCCCACUGAUCAUUGGGAUACUUUAAUUAUACAUAUGGUUUCGGCUAAGCUCGACAAUAAUACUAAUUUGAAGUGGGAAGAAUUUAAAAAUACUUCUUUCAACGACGAUAAAAUGCCGUCAUUAUUUGAUUUUAAUAAAUUUUUAAAGGGUCGUGCUGACGUUUUAGAAUCAGUACAGCGCAAUAAAUUAUUAGAUAAAUCGUUUAAUAAUAACAAUAGUAAGCGGGAACACUUUGUUUCUCAUAACAAGUCAGACAAGUCCGUAAACAUGAAAACCUUCACAAUUUCAGCCGCUCCCGUUGCUUCUUCUUUCCCAUCGGCUUCGUGUUUCUUCUGCAACGGCGGUCAUCGCAUUUACGACUGUUCGUCGUUCCGGUCCUUGAGCAUCGAGGAUCGAAUCGCCGGCGCUGCUCGAUUGAAGCUCUGCCUCAACUGUCUUAGGGCGGGGCACACCUCACACCGUUGCCGAUCUCGACCCUGUCGUAUUUGUAAGAAGCGCCACAAUACUUUACUACAUAGGGAGGUUACUCAGGCUGAUAAUACACAAACUAUGGACUCGCCCACGCCGUCGCGGAGCGAGUCCGGAGUCGCGUCCAAUCAUAUGGCCGUCUCCCAUUCAACUCAGGUGUUGUUGCCUACAGCGCUCAUUCAUGUAUACAAUCCCGUUAGCAACGACCACGUGACGGCACGAGCGAUGUUAGACUCCGGCAGUAUGACGUCGAUAAUAACUAAUGAAUUAAAACAUAGAUUGCAACUAACGCCGCAACACAAUUCUGAUGAUUUAAGAGGAGUAGGUUGGCUUAAAUCUCGUUAUAGUAAAUUAAAAACAUUUGUGUCAAAUCGCAUUGCUAGUAUUUUAGUUACUGAAGACGAUGAAUGGCGUCACGUGCCCACGUCAAUGAACCCGGCUGAUUACGCAUCGCAUUGUGUUGAAGCCUACGAAUUCCAACCUUUUACUCCAGGUCACUUCCUCAUCGGCCGUGCGCUGACGUCGCUGCCAUCGCCGUGCGCGGCGGACAUAACCAGAACUGCUUAG